AUGGUUGUGUUAGCUGCUUCAAUAUGUACUCGUGGUGGUAAGCCAUUGUUAUCGAGACAGUUUAGAGAUUUAAAGAGAGAUAGAAUUACCGCUUUAUUGGCAGACUUCCCAAGUUUAAUAUCUAACUCGACAAGUCAACACACCACUGUUGAAAAUGAACAUGUUAGGUAUGUUUAUCAACCUUUAGAAGAAUUUUACAUUGUCCUUUUAACAAACAAGACGUCAAACAUUUUGCAAGAUAUUGAUACAUUACACUUAUUUGCCUCCACUGUUAGUAAUAUGUUAAGGUCUAUUGACGAAAGGGAAAUAUUUGAUAGUGCUUUCGAAAUUUUGAGUGCUUUCGACGAAAUCAUUAAUUUAGGGUUUAAAGAAAACUUAACGCUUUCUCAGGUCCAAACAUUUUUAGAAAUGGAUUCUCACGAAGAAAAAAUUCAAGAGAUUAUUGAGAGGAACAAGGAGUUGGAAGCUACGGAGGAAAGAAAAAGAAGAGCAAAAGAAAUUCAAAGAAAGGAAUUGGCUAGGAAGAACUUGGAGCAAUUUCCUUCUUCUUCAUUUGGUUAUGACUCGCAACAGACUCAAUUAACUCAAUCAUAUCAACCCAGUUAUCAGCCAAGCCCAGUAAUCGAAGAUUCAUUGCAGAGCCGCCAACCGAACUUGUCAAAACCCUUGGGACCUAAAGGGGGAGGAUUACAACUUGGAAAGAAGACAAAUAGAGUCGUUGAUCAUACCCAGCCUCUACUCAGCACCAAUAACAUAAAUUUCCAUCAUGAAACGCCUAGCAAAAUCAUCAAUAACGCAGCAGCUGUUGUUCCACCAUCUGCACAGUCAAGUCAAAGACCCUCUGAAAGUGUGUCUCCUGCCCCAACAUCGCAACCUGUGGCUAACAAUGGUAUCUUAAUCAUCGUUAAUGAAAAGGUUUCGGCUCUGCUCAACCGUGACGGAUCUGUAAGUCAAUCUGAAAUAAAGGGUGAUUUGCAUCUUCGGAUUAACGAUCAAGAAUUAUCAAAUUCGAAAAUUUUAUUAAAAACAGGUGAUAAGGCAUCAGGAAUUCAAUAUAAGACUCAUCCAAAUGUGGAUCGUAAUUUAUUUACAUCUCAAGGUAUAAUUGGAUUAAAAGAUAAAUCCAAGUCAUUUCCAUCAAAUGAUCAAGCUUUAGGUGUCUUAAGGUGGAGAGCUACUGGUAAGCCCGAUCAAACAGACUUUAUUCCAUUAUUAGUAACAGCUUGGGUCAGCGUAGAUGGUGGAAUCGCAAAUGUAACAUUGGAGUAUGAGUUGACUUCUGAAUUUCUCGAACUCAAUUUAACUAAGGAAGCAAAUCAAACCUUGAUCAAUGAUCUUGAAAUUGUACUUCCUAUCACAUCACCUUAUAUUGAUGGUGAUAUUUCAUAUGAAGUAACUGAAGAUGAAACGAUCUUUAAUGUUCCUCUGAUUUCAACAGAAGAAUGCCAGGGUUCUUUUGAGUUCACGAUUCCUGUUUCUGACGAAGAUGCUUUGUUCCCUAUUGAAAUAAGAUUUAACGUCACAAAUACCAGCGCUAAUGAAGGCGAUACGUCAUUGGGUAAAGUUCAAGUUUUAGAUGUUGUACUGAAUAAUGAGGAUGAAGAAUCGUUACCAUUUGAUUUACAUAUGAAUAUGAGCUCUGAGAGGUACUUAAUUAGCUGA